AUGUCUAAGCCAACAAUUGCCUUGGUGCCCGGUGCCUGGCACACCCCAGCCCACUACGAGGACUUCCUAGCUGAAGUUGAGAAGGCCGGCUACCCAACUGCAUGCCUACAGCUUCCAGGAGUUGACUCCGCUACUCCCAACGAUGAGACCGUCGCCAGCAACGCUGCUGCUGUUCGUGAAAAGUUGCUCCUCCCUCUGCUCGAUGAUGGAAAGAAUGUCAUUCUAGUCAUGCACUCCUUUGGCGGAUGCAUUGGAAGCGUGGCGGCUGCAGGCUUGAACAAGAAAGAUCGUGGCUCCAGCGGGGGAGUUGUUGGCCUGAUCUAUAUUGCUGCUUUCUUGGCCAAGGAGGGAGUCUCUCUCUUCAAUGCUUUGGGCGGAAAGUUUGACGACUUCGUUAAGGUCGACGAUGCUACCGGCCAACUCACCGUUGACAACCCAACUGAUGUCUUUUUCCACGAUGUUCCCAGUGACCUGGCCACCAAGGCUGUUGGCAUGCUCAAGCCACAGGCUAAGGCUGCCUUUACCACCCCCAGCCUGUCUCCAGCCUGGCAGGAGGAGGUCUACAAUGGCGGUCGACGCGGAUACGUUCGCACUACCCAGGACCACUGCCUUCCCGCCGCUAUUCAGAGUAUGAUGUUGGACAAGAGCGGAGUGGACUGGAACAUCAAGGAUAUCGAGUCCAGCCACAGUCCUUUCCUGAGCCGUCCUCAAGAAUUGACCAAGAUCAUCGACGACAUGAUCACCGCCACCUGGAAAUAG